UAAAAUUCGUCUGCUUGUUUUUAUUGGAUUUUCGCUAUCAAGUCUAAAGUCUAAGUUAGUGAGCAAUUGUUUUCCCUUCAAGUUUUACGUUUGAUAUUGGCACUGACUAAUUGUAAAGUAUUGUACAACUCUAUUAUCAUGUUUUCAUUUGGGAACAAGAAACCAAAUCCUGCUCCUAAAGCAAAAUCUACGGCACCUCAAGCCGCAGGAGGAAAAAAUAGGAAUCUAGCACAGUUUGGAUUUCUAGACAUGGGAUUUCAAACUGAUAACAUGACAGGAGCAGAUGAUAGUGAUGAUGAAGAUUUGGAAGCUGAACUUUCUGCCUUGACACAAGGGUCAACAAAGAACCGCCAGAAGAAACCCACAAAAAAACUUAUUUCAGAGAAAGAAUUGGCUGCCAUGGUGUCUAGUAGUUUGGCUGAUAUACCUUCAGAUGCUGAAAUAUCUGACAUUGAUGAUGCAGAAGUUGAAGAUGAGCUUGGUGAGCUUUGUGAAGAAGCAUCAGAUUCAGAUUCAUCAGAUAAACCAGUAAAUAAAGAGCCUUCAUUAAAUGUGGAGGAAAUGAUAAAACUUUUAACGGAAAGGAUAGAUAUGUACAAAUUGGCUGAAAAUAAUGCUACUAAAAUAGGUGACACAACAAAAGCAAGAAGAUUUAACAGAGGAGUUACAUCUUUAAACGGUUUACUAAAGCAAGCUCGUUCAGGAAAACCGAUUGCCAUGGAAGAUAUUCCUCCUCCGCUCGCAGAUUCAAAUAAAGCUAUCCAAAAACCAAUUCCGAAAGAAGACAUUACAAAUAAUCCCAGUAUUUUCGAUGCACCGAUUCCCUCACUCGAAGUCAACGUUCCUCCUCCAAUCCUUCCAGUACCAAUACCUGUACGAGUUGCCCCUUUACCGCCGAAUAUUGUACCACCUAUCACUCCAAGAGUAAAAGUUCCCAAACUUGCUGCCGAAGAAGAUCAACAAGUAGAAUCUGGCGAAGGACUUUUGAUUCUACCGUCAAAAAUUCCUUCGGACAUCGAAAAUGCAUUGGCACGUAGACAGGAGUUGAAAAAUGCAGCAUUGCAAGCUAAACGCACUGGAGAUCAAGCAAAAGCUUUGCAGUUCGUCCGUCUAGUCAAAGUUUGUGAUCAGAUGAUUGAUUCUGCGAAACAGGGUGUAUCUGUGGAUUGGUCGAGCUUGCCUUCAAUUGAUAUGGGAAGUGAGGGUAGCAUUGCUUCGAGUACAGUUGAAACUAAAUCUGUAGAAAUGAAACCCGAAAAUUCAGCUCCACAAAAUGAUAUCGUACCUCCUGCAAUGGAUGUAGCAAAUGAACAGAGCGUACCAGUGCAAGUUCCUGUAAUACCCGUUCCCCAAUCCACAAUGGAAGCGCUCGAGCAACGUUUAGCCAAAUAUCAAAGUAUAAUGCAGCAAGCCCAAGAAGAAGGAAAUAGUUCAAAAGCACGGCGGUUUGGUAGAAUUGUCAAGCAAUAUCAAGAUGCGAUCAAGCUUUUCAAACUUGGGAAACCAAUACCAUUCGACGAACUGCCAGACCCUCCAGGGUAUCCUCCCAUUCCUGGAGCACCACGAAAGGUAGAAGAUAUGGAGGGACUCGUAAUAACUCCAGCGCAGUCGAGUGAAACCCCACCGUCAGAGACUACCAUAAGGAAUCCUGAAAAUCCUUCAACAAUACAACCUCCAACCAGUACCCUGAUUCCAGCACAAUCACAGAAAAUUUCCCCGACAAAAACUCCUUUGGCCACUCGACAAGAUAAACAGUUGGCUAUGUUGCUGGAACGGCAGAGUUUGUUCAAACAAGCUGCUCUGGAAGCGAAGAAAUCUAAUGAAAUUGAGUUAGCCAAGGAAUAUCUGCGAAUGGCCAAAGGAAUCGAUCCUUUGAUAAGCGCCAAUAAAUGCGGAGUUCCUGUUGAUAUGGAUACGUUGCCGAUUCCCCCGCAAAUGAAACUUCGCUCAACCACAGACAAACACGGUUCAUCAAAAGAACGUGCACCAGCAGAUGAUUUUGUUAUACUUUCUAGCGAAGAGUGUGUGUCCAUACCAACGUUGGAACAAAAAAAUAUCUUUGCUCAGUUGGAAGCUGAUUUAUUAACUCAAUUAAAGAUGUGCUCCGAUAACAGAGAGCACUACAAACUGAUGGGAGACAUUGCAAGCGCCAAUCGUUUUGACCAAUUGGCUCUCCACACUCGAAAAGAUUUGGACGUGAUACGGAGCUCAGCCAUGCGAGGUGAUGUAGUUCCACGGUGGAAAAAUGAAAUGCGAACUUUUUCAAUUGUCAAGUGCUGUACCGAUUUAAAGGAUGACGAUAUGGAAGUGACUAUUCUUAGAGGGCUUUCCUACAAUGUAGCAAAUCCCAAGACUAUUGAUACUUAUGUACGAUUCGAAGUUCCUAUCCCGAAUACUGAAACCCCGACGAGAGAGAAGACGAACACUGUCAAAGAUACAAAUAGCCCUGAAUAUAACGAAAAUUUUCACGUGGCCAUUAGUCGACAAUCACGAACUCUACUCCGCAUUUUCAAAGCAAAAGUCAUAAAAUUUGAAGUUUGGUCUAAAGGUGGGUUCCUGCGCAGUGACGUUUUGAUUGGCACAGCAUCAGUAAAACUAUUGAACCUAUUAAACCAUUGUCAGAUCCAUGAGGCCGCUGAUUUAAUGGAUGGAAGAAAGCCGGUGGGCGGUAAACUUGAAGUAAAAAUCAGACUUCGAAAUCCUAUUGUCGGGAAAGAAAUGGAGCAAGUCCAAGAAAAAUGGACUGUUCUUACGUGUUGAUACAUAAAGUAAAUCAAGUUAGUUUAAGUGAACUAACGUGUAUACUGUAUACUAUCAACGUUGUAAUUGAAGACGAGGGAAGUGAAACAUUAAAUUCAUUAUCUCUGAUGAUUAAUAUAAACUACUUGAAUGCCGAAAA